AUGGCAAUUUCUUUUAUUAAGGAUCAAGAGUCAACUGACAUGGGUGCUGUUGCAUUUGGUAGCCAAGUGCACGAAAUAUUGGGAAGUCGUUGUGGAGUACCAGGAGUUCGUUCACGAGUAUCAGGAGUUUAUUCACGAGUCGUAGAUGGAGUGUCUUCUAUUUACGGAGCUUGGCCAUGGCUUGCUUUCAUCUACAUUAGAACAUCCCCGUAUACCGACAACUUUACUUUGGUAUGUGGAGGUACUCUGGUCAAUGAACGGUGGGUAAUCAGUGCUGCCCAUUGCGUUGAUCGGCAACAGAUAUAUCCAAAUCAAAUUAUAAUAAAGCUGGGAGACUACUUUCGUAACACGAGCGAUCCUUAUGAACAGACAUUCGAAGUGGAAUUAAUGAAAUUUGGAGGAAACUCAAGGCAAACGUAUAGUCCUAUUACAUUUGAUAAUGACAUUGUUCUUAUCAAGUUAAACCGUACUGUCACCUACAUCAAGUGCGUGAGACCAAUAUGCUUGCUAGAGCAAAGGCACCGCAAUGCUUCAUUGAUUUUACCUGGUAAAUCUGUUACUGUUGUCGGAUGGGGAUUAUUCAAAGAAAACAGUAAAGCGUUAUCUAAUACCCUAGUGGAAACCACGAUUCAAUUUUUUGGACAGUCUAAGUGUAAUGAUUACUUUCGUCUAAGAGUAAUGACUAGUAAUAUGCUUUGUGCAAAAGGAUUCCAAUCUGACGCUUGUCCAGGAGACAGUGGAGGUCCGCUGAUGUGUCAAUCUGAAGUUGAUAAUCGCUUUACUCUUUGUGGAAUAGUCAGCUUCGGAAAGUGGUCAACUUGUCGCAAGGGAGCAUACGGCGUAUACACGAAAGUAUUCAAGUAUGGCAACACAAUAAUGAGAGAGACUUUAUAA